UUCUUUCUUAUUUUCUCUUUUGUACAUUUCUGUAAACAGCGGGUCACAGAAAGUCGAGAGAGCCAAAUGACAAUUGAGGAGAGAAAGCACCUGAUCACUGUGAGGGAGGAAGCAUGGAAGACGAAGGGCAGAGGAGCUGCCAACGACUCCACCCAGUUCACCGUGGCAGGCAGAAUGGUGAAGAAAGGCUUGGCAUCACCUACUGCCAUAACUCCAGUGAUGUCCCCUCUGUGCAAUAAGUCAAGAGGCACUACGCCAGUUUCCAAACCCCUAGAAGAUAUUGAAGCCAGACCAGAUAUGCAUUUGGAAUCAGACCUGAAGUUGGACAGGCUGGAAACCUUUCUAAGAAGGCUGAAUAACAAAGUUGGUGGGAUGCAAGAAACGGUACUCACUGUCACUGGGAAAUCUGUUAAGGAGGUGAUGAAGUUGGAUGACGAUGAGACUUUUGCCAAGUUCUACCGCAGUGUGGACUAUACUAUACCAAGAAGCCCUGUGGAGCUGGACGAGGACUUUGAUGCUCUUUUUGACCCUUAUGCACCCAAGUUGACAUCUUCUGUGGCUGAGCACAAGCGUGCAGUUAGACCCAAGCGCCGGGUCCAGGCUUCCAAAAACCCUCUGAAAAUGCUGGCAGCCAGAGAGGACCUCCUUCAGGAGUACACUGAGCAGAGGCUGAAUGUGGCCUUCAUGGAGUCCAAGCGGAUGAAAGUAGAGAAGAUGUCCACCAACUCCAACUUCUCAGAAGUCACUCUGGCAGGCUUAGCCAGCAAGGAAAACUUCAGCAACGUCAGCCUGCGGAGUGUCAAUCUGACAGAGCAGAGCUCUAACAACAGUGCCGUGCCCUACAAGAAGCUGAUGUUGUUACAGAUUAAAGGAAGAAGACACGUGCAGACAAGGCUGGUGGAACCUCGCGCCUCCUCGCUCAACAGUGGUGACUGCUUCCUUCUGCUGUCUCCCCAGUUCUGCUUCCUGUGGGUAGGAGAGUUCGCAAAUGUCAUCGAAAAGGCAAAAGCCUCAGAACUUGCAACUUUAAUUCAGACAAAAAGGGAACUUGGGUGUAGAGCUACUUACAUCCAAACCAUCGAGGAAGGAAUUAAUACACACACUCAUGCAGCGAAAGACUUCUGGAAGCUCCUGGGUGGGCAAACCAGUUACCAAUACGCUGGAGACCCAAAGGAAGAUGAGCUGUAUGAGACAGCCAUCAUAGAGACAAACUGUAUUUACCGUUUGAUGGAUGACAAGCUUGUACCUGAUGAUGACUACUGGGGGAAGAUUCCAAAGUGCUCUCUGCUGCAACCCAAAGAGGUCCUGGUGUUUGAUUUUGGCAGUGAAGUUUACGUGUGGCAUGGGAAAGAAGUCACAUUGGCCCAACGAAAAAUAGCAUUUCAGCUGGCAAAGCACUUGUGGAAUGGGACCUUUGACUAUGAGAACUGUGACAUCAACCCUCUGGAUCCCGGGGAAUGUAACCCGCUCAUCCCCAGGAAAGGACAAGGACGGCCCGACUGGGCAAUAUUUGGGAGACUUACUGAACACAAUGAGACUAUUUUGUUCAAAGAGAAAUUUCUCGAUUGGACUGAAUUGAAGAGACCUACAGAGAAGAAUGCUGGGGAUCUUGUCCAGCAGAAGGAAGAUCUGAAAGCAGAUAUCAGACCCUGUGAUGUGACGCGGAUGGUGGCAGUGCCCCAAGUGACAGCCAGCACUGUCCUGGAUGGGGUGAACAUUGGCCGUGGCUAUGGCCUGGUGGAAGGGGAGGACAGGAGACAGUUUGAGAUUGCCAGCGUCUCUGUGGAUGUCUGGCAUAUCCUAGAAUUUGACUACAGCCGGCUGCCCAGACAGAGCAUCGGGCAGUUCCAUGAGGGGGAUGCCUAUGUGGUCAAGUGGAAGUACAUGGUGAGCACCGCAGGUUAGUGAGCACUGACACCGACAUCUUCUUUGAACAGAGAGGCUGGGAAUCGCAGCUCAGUGCAGUGGGAUUGAGUCCCUGCCAGCAUCCUGGUAUCCUCAGCUUCUGAAGUGCAGUGUGACCAUCUAGCCUUGCGUUGCUAAGGACCACUUAGUAAGCCAUGUGGAUGUGAAGAAGGAAGGCAGAAUUCCUGGCAACCCAGCCUUGCUAACAUCACUGAGGUUCACAUCCAGAAAGCAAACUUGCAUAUUAAGACACCUCUGCUACCUCACUCCCUGCUCCACCACCCCAAAGGUUUGCUAGGAAAGGGAUGAUUUGCCUCAAAUGAUAUUUACCAUGUGGCCAUGACUUUAAAUAAGUCAUUAAAUAUAGGUUAUCAGGAUGAUCUAAACUGAAAUCCACUGGUAGUAUGACACUGAAGUGAAUGCAUACAUACAGAAGACUUAAUUUUGAAAAGAGUGGGGACACUGGGGUAUAGCUCAGUGGAAGAGCCCUUGCCUAGCAUGUGCAAGGUCUUGGUUUGGGCCCUCAGUACUGCCAAAAAACUGAAAAUAAAAGUUAGAAAUAACAAGCUCUUUUCUCUGAGGUUGGGAGGACUAACGGUGCUCUGUGGGUCUGGAAUAAGAAAUACAGUCAAAUCUUUUUUUGAGACAGGGUCUUCACUGAGUAUAGCCCAGACUGACCUUGAACUCUCAAUCCUCCUGCCUCAACCUCUGAGUGCUGGGAUUACAGGUGUGAACCACCACACCCAGCCAUAGUCAGAACUCCUCCUGGUCCCAUCAGUGAAAUACUCUAUAGCACCCACCUGGAUGCUUUGCACUAGAGUCCAUGACGGGAGGUGGACCCCCAACUGGAGACUUAAUCCUUCUCCUUGCCAAGAAGUAGCCAUGGUCCACAAUGCUCCUUAUCCAUCCCCAAGCAGGAGGACACCUAUGUCACAACCCUGCAAUUUCAAGAGUCAUUUCCCGAGAGAGUUGACUGACCUCCUUCUAGUCCCCUUGUGUUGCAGGUGUCUGAUGUGCAGACUGAGAACCUUUGAUUUAUGCUGUCCUUUGGGAAAGCAUUUUCUGAGCGCCUACUCUGUGAAAGGCACCAUGUGAGGGACUAAUUAAAUAUCUUGUACCCUGCAGGAAGCAGAUGGCAUAAAUGACAAUAAAGCAAGUGCAGGAUGAGGAACAGGACAUUAUGGCAUAUAAGGAGGCAAUUCCCUUGACCUUGAAUCUGCCAGCAGUGGAGAAGCCCCGUAAACCAAAACCUGGGCAACCAGCAGAUGGGCACCACUGGGCCGGUGGUAGUGAGGGGACAGGCUGGGAUGUGUGAUAGGCAGAGCCGGCCUGUGGACCUGGAGCUCCCUGCUUGCCCCAGGCACUGUGCUGGGGCUCUCCCCUGCACCUCAUAGCAGCUCUGCCAUUCCACUUUCUCAGAUGAAGAAACAACAGCAAGAUUAAAUAACCCCCCCGCAGAGUCCCACAGACUGUAGGGAGCAGACGCAAAAAUCCAGGCUGUUCUUUCAAAGCCAAGAGUGGUAUGGCCCUGCUGUGCAGUUCACCCUGCAGGAGGGAGUCAGAUCUGGGGCCUGGCACUGGGUGUUGGGAGGAAGGAGUUUGGCCAUAAGGAGGAAUCAAUAGGCCCAGUCACCAGAUCUGUAGAGAGGGGCAGGAUUGGACCAGAGCUGCUGACUCAGGCAUGGGCUACUGAGCUCAUGAACUUCUGGGGUUUUCUAAACAGCCUGAGUAAAAUUGGGGUCUUACAGGGAUGGACAGCUCUGGGAUCUACUUCCAAGCUUAGCUGGGUGUCCAAUAAGGACCCCAGUGACAUGGAUGUUUCUCACCUACUCCUGCGCCUGUCCCCUUCCUGAGGAGACUGACUCACCGGAGGGGAGGCCAUGGGUGCCAGAAGCAUGCAGCCUGAAGCUGAGGCCCCAGCUCUGCAUGCUGGGUAGAGUUCAUGAACCUGUCUGAGCCUCGGUUUUCUCACCUGGAAAGUGGGUUCAGUAGUUGGUUCACAGCACAUUAUACUCUGGUGCAUGGCGCCUGGCACAUGUUCAUAUUGUAGUGCACAUGUGCAUCCCCAACACGCUCAACAGAAACACACAAACACUAUUCAACUUGAAGAAGAGUAGUGUAGAUCUACCCAAAAUAGUACAGUUCCCAAAGAGCCACUCAAGUGGACUCAAGCUCCAUGAUGGGCAUCAAGGUGGCCAGCUGAAUGCUAAUCUGCACUGCUGGCUGGCAGUGA